AAGAUUGAAUAUUAUUUUGCAGUCAAGUUCUUCCCAACUCUCCCAACCUGGUCCUUCUUCAACACAGCCUGAGGCAGAAGAAGCAGAAGCAGCAGAACUUGUUCAAGCAGAAGAUCCAGGGAUGGCCACCAGAGAAGUAGAAACACAAGAUAAUUAUAAAGAAAGCUUCAGUGAAGACGAACUUUCAUCAACCUUGUUAAGGCCACGAAGAACCCAGGUUCAACCUGGUGAAUACUCUAAACCCGAGAGCCAGUAUGAUGACAUCAUGACUCCAUUACUUACCUUAGUACGGUCAUUACAUCUUGAUGAUGAGGAAUAUUUUCCAACGCCCCAAGCUUAUCACGGACUACAAGCCCUUAACAGAUGUUUUGGCAGUUUGAGUGAUGGAAGAAUCAGUCUAGUAUGCUUUCAACUAAACCAACCAAUCUCAGAAGUCGCAAAAAGCACGAGUUCUUACAUCAAGCGAAAAUCAAAGGAGGUAGUAGAAACAGCUCUGGAGUGUAUUGCCCCGACAAUCAUCUGAGUUACGCCUUCCACAACUAAAGAGCCAAGCCAAGAAAAUAAGAUUUUUGUGACCCUAGUUUCAUUGCACAAAGGAGCGACGUCAUGGUACACAAAAAUGACGAUCUUAUUCAUCUUCGUGCAACACUACAGUAAAUAGAAGUUAAAAGCUAUGGUACCAGGUCUGACGACAUGGAGGAUUGAUCAGGCAAGAAAGCAUUGUGCAGUUGUGGGUGAAGGAGUCUCUGAAGACUGGAUGGGGGAAAAGUUGACCAUUUCUUGGAUUUUAUUUGUAACCCACACUAUCUUCAAGAUGUUGCAUACGGUAAAAGAAAGCUUAAAAUGUCAACCAGUGAAUCCAUCAAGGUGCCUGAUAUGGUACAAACCGUAUUCAGUUCCAGGAUGGUCAAGCUGUAUCAGUCAUACUGCCAUGAAGUGGAUCUCUACUGCCUUUGUAGAUCAAUGCUAUUUUCUAUCUUAAAGGUAAAAUACACGGUUUGAUAGACAGCAGUCACACAUAUUGCUUAAUCCAUGAUAUUUUGCAUACUUGAGAGGAUUUCCAACAAGUGGAAAGUCAUGUGUUAUUUAACGAAUAGAUUCCAUCUUGCUGUGCGU